AUGCAGCGGCCGGCAUAUGCGGUGCCUCCGGCCAACUCUCCUCCGCUUCACCAUCCCGUGCCCCAACACGUCUCGACCGUGCCUCAACUACGAUCUCCUCCACCACCAACUUCACAGAAUGGCCAAGCAGGGGGCUACGAAUAUGGACAGAGCCCGCCGCAGGGCCAGCCAAACAACUAUAUGCAUCCGGCGUUCGGAGGCAUCAUCAAUGAUCCCACAGCCCAGAUGGGCUUCCAAAUCGGCAAGAGCGCGGUGGAUGCGGGACAGCAAUACAUGGAACAGAACGUAAGUCGCGCUUCGUCGCCUCUUGAUCCGAAAGGCAUCCAUGCUGAUAUCGACGAUUCCCACAGUUCAAUCGCUACGUCAACGUCUCGGCCCUCAAGCACUACUUCAACGUCUCCAACGCCUACGUCCUCAACAAACUCCUCAUUGUCCUCUUCCCCUGGCGCCAUCGCCCCUGGAGCCGCCAGUCCACCCGCAGCAACGACGGCCAAGGCGCCAUGGAAUUCCUCCCCCCGCGCGAAGACGUCAAUUCCCCCGACAUGUACAUCCCCCUCAUGGCCUUUGUCACCUACAUCCUCCUCUCCACCCUGAUCGCGGGCCUCAACGGCAAAUUCGAGCCCCAACUCCUCGGCAUCACCUUCUCCAACGCGAGCGUCAUCAUCAUCCUGGAACUCGUCGUCUUGUGGCUCGGCCGGUAUCUCCUGAACAUCAGCAGCGAGAGUCAAAUCUACGACUUGAUCGCGUACAGCGGGUACAAAUUCGUCGGCGUGAUUGUCACCAUCGCCAUUGCGGCAAUCCUGAAUAGCGGCAAGGGCACGGGCGGUUGGGUAGGAUGGGCAGUGUUUGCCUACGCUUUCAUGGCGAAUGCUUUCUUCCUGGUAAGAAGACUCCGGAUAUAUGAUAUCAGGAGGAGAACCCCCCACAGCAGCAGCAGCAGCAGCAGCAGCUAACCCUGUGUGAUAAAAACAGCUCCGCUCUCUCAAAUACGUCCUCCUCCCAUCGGACAACGCCCCGGGGAACCCCACGAUGCAGACCAUCGCCCGCUCGCAGCGUUCGCGCCGCACGCAAUUCCUCUUCAUCUACAGCUACGUGGUGCAGUUUGCUUUCAUGUGGUGGCUCAGUUCCUUGGAUAUGGGCGGGAGUAAGAAGGCGGUCAGAUGA